AUGGCGGCUGUGGCGGCGGGGCAGCCGCCUCAGCUCCGCGGCGCCGUGACGGUGAAGGAGGGAUGGGAGCCAUGCCCUGGCCAGCCGGGGUGGGCCACAACCGCCUGCUCGGCCGGACAGACCUGCCCUGGCGGAAACACGUGCGCCAACCCGCCUCAGUGUGGCUGCUUCCGGACCUGCGCUGCGGGGCAGUCGUGCCCGCCGGGACAGUAUUGCGACGGCCCGGGGUGGGCCACAACCGCCUGCUCGGCCGGACAGACCUGCCCUGGCGGAAACACGUGCGCCAACCCGCCUCAGUGUGGCUGCUUCCGGACCUGCGCUGCGGGGCAGUCCUGCCCGCCGGGACAGUAUUGCGACGGCGCCGGUGUUUGCACCCCUGGGGCCGCCCUGCGAUCGAACCAGUCUUCGGAGGGGAGUGGCGCCAGCAUCGUGACGGUGAAGGAGGGAUGGGAGCCAUGCCCUGGCCAGCCGGGGUGGGCCACCGCCGCCUGCUCGGCCGGACAGACCUGCCCUGGCGGGAACAUGUGCGCGAACCCGCCUCAGUGUGGCUGCUUCCGGACCUGCGCUGCGGGGCAGUCCUGCCCGCCGGGACAGUACUGCGACGGCGUUGGUGUUUGCACGCCUGGGGCCGCCCUGCGAUCGAACCAGUCUUCGGAGGGGAGUGGCGCCAGCAUCGUGACGGUGAAGGAGGGGUGGGAGCCAUGCCCUGGCCAGCCGGGGUGGGCCACCACCGCCUGCUCGGCCGGUCAGACGUGCCCUGGCGGGAACACGUGCACCAACCCGCCUCAGUGUGGCUGCUUCCGGACUUGCGCUGCGGGGCAGUCCUGCCCGCCAGGACAGUAUUGCGACGGCGCCGGUGUUUGCACGCCUGGGGCCGCCUUGGGAUCGAACCACUCAUCGGAGGGGAGUGGCGCCAGCAUCGUGACGGUGAAAGAGGGGUGGGAGCCAUGCCCAGGCCAGCCGGGGUGGGCCACCACCGCCUGCUCGGCCGGUCAGACCUGCCCUGGCGGGAACACGUGCACCAACCCGCCUCAGUGUGGCUGCUUCCGGACUUGCGCUGCGGGGCAGUCCUGCCCGCCAGGACAGUAUUGCGACGGCGCCAGUGUUUGCACGCCCGGGGCCGCCUUGGGAUCGAACCAGUCUUCGGAGGGGAGUGGCGCCAGCAUCGUGACGGUGAAGGAGGGGUGGGAGCCAUGCCCAGGCCAGCCGGGGUGGGCCACCACCGCCUGCUCGGCCGGUCAGACGUGCCCUGGCGGGAACACGUGCACCAACCCGCCUCAGUGUGGCUGCUUCCGGACUUGCGCUGCGGGGCAGUCCUGCCCGCCAGGACAGUAUUGCGACGGCGCCGGUGUUUGCACGCCCGGGGCCGCCUUGGGAUCGAACCACUCAUCGGAGGGGAGUGGCGCCAGCAUCGUGACGGUGAAGGAGGGGUGGGAGCCAUGCCCUGGCCAGCCGGGGUGGGCCACCACCGCCUGCUCGGCCGGUCAGACGUGCCCUGGCGGGAACACGUGCACCAACCCGCCUCAGUGUGGCUGCUUCCGGCUUUGCGCUGCGGGGCAGUCCUGCCCGCCAGGACAGUAUUGCGACGGCGCCGGUGUUUGCACGCCUGGGGCCGCCCUGCGAUCGAACCAAUCUGUGGCGGAGGCGGCGGGCGUUGGCCCUCCGAACGCCAACGGGGCGCCGUUCCUGGGCGGGGCGCCGGGGGGGCAGUGCGCCUGGGCGGAGCGCAAGAACAGCGGCGGCCGUAAUCUGAUGCAGGCCCCCUGGUCGCAGGACCCAGACGCGUGCUGCGCCCACUGCAACGAGCACUCGGAUUGUGUGGCGUGGACAUUCAUCAAGGGGAGCCACGAGUGCUGGCUGAAGAGCCACGUGCCGCCCAGUGACCAGUGGCGCUGGGACGAUUCGGCAGUCAGCAGCCUCGUGCGUAGCCCAGACACCAAGUGCAGUUGGGAGGACGACGAGAACAGCGGCGGGGACAACAUGAUGCAGGCCCCCUGGUCCCAGGACCCUCAGGCGUGCUGCAACCACUGCGGCGCGCACUCGGGGUGCGUGGCGUGGACCUUUAUCAAGGGCAGCCACGAGUGUUGGCUGAAGAGCUACGUGCCGUCCAGGGACCAAUGGCGCUGGGAUGGCUCGGCAAUCAGCGGCAAGCUGGGUGGGCGGUGA